GCGAAAUCAAGAUUCCCAACCUUUUGGCAUCCGGUUCUCCCCCAAUCCCCAAGGCUCACCCCAUAGACCCCUGAAGAAAAGGGGUAGAAAGAAAGAGCCUAACAAUUUUCCAUGGUCUUUCAACCUUCAAUGAGAGUACGUUGCACGGUCACACGACUUUCCUCUUCUUAGAACACCAAUCCACCGCGUAAUCAAACAAACAAACAAACCCUUCACUCACGUUAACCCCAAAAUCCUUACCAUCAAACCCCGUUUUCAACACACCGAAUCUUAUAUAAAGAAUCAAAUUCUUAAAGAUCUGCCAAUGAGAAUUCCCCUCUUUAUUCCUUCGAUUCGUUAACCAACUUUGUUGAAUUGCAUUAUAAGGUCAUUAUUUCCAGAUUCUAAUAUGAGUAGCAAUGAACAAACUUCUGGUGCUAGUCACAACGCCAGGGCUUUAAUAUCCAACGCUGCUGCUGGUGCUUCUGCUGGGGCCAUAGCAGCUACGUUUGUGUGUCCGUUGGAUGUGAUCAAAACAAGGUUACAAGUCCAUGGUCUUCCUCCUUCACAUAAAGUUUACUUCACAGUUUAUGAGCAACUAAAGGGACUGCUUCGUUCACAGGAUGGUAGCAAUGAACUCACAACUAUUAGAAACAUUAUAGCUGCUGCUGGUGCUGGGGCAGCAACAGCGAUUUCUACAAACCCAUUGUGGGUUGUUAAGACAAGGCUCCAAACACAAGGAAUGAGGCCGAAUGUUGUUCCUUACAAAAGUGUUCUGUCUGCUUUGACAAGGAUUACCCGUGAAGAAGGCUUGCGAGGACUAUAUAGUGGCAUUAUGCCUUCAUUGGCUGGUGUAAGUCAUGUUGCAAUUCAAUUCCCAGCAUAUGAAAGUAUCAAGUCAUACAUGGCAAAAAAAGAUAAUACAACUGUUGACAAGCUUAGUCCUGGAAGUGUUGCCAUUGCAUCAUCAAUUUCAAAAGUACUUGCCUCCGUAAUGACUUAUCCGCAUGAGGUGAUACGAUCAAGGCUGCAAGAGCAAGGCCAGGCCAAAAACAUGGGGGUCCAUUAUGAAGGGGUUAUAGAUUGUACUAAGAAGGUUUUCCAUAAAGAAGGCAUUCCGGGUUUUUAUCGCGGUUGCGCAACCAAUCUGUUAAGAACAACUCCAUCUGCUGUUAUUACCUUCACCAGUUACGAGAUGAUACAUCGGUUCUUGUUGCGGGUUAUACCGGAGAACAAGGGUUAUCCGCAAAGCUGUCCGAAACCCAAGGCACUUAACAAGCCCCAGGAAGAAGGAAGUAACAUCAUUAAGAAUGACUCCUCUGAGAUGGGGCCAUCACCAUCUCAGUCUAACAAGACAGGCUCAUCAAUUCCUUUGGGAAACAAAGAGCAGCUAACACGACACUGAUUAGGCAUUUUUUUAUGUUUGUUAGUUUUUUUUUUUCCUUAUAUUUCUCACAUUUAAUUUAUAACUUUGUGGCUCUGAAAUUCUUUGCUGCAUGCUAGACCUUGGCUUUAACAGAAUUGUUAAUUAUGUUAAUAAAAGUUGCAAAAAAUGAGAAAGAAUAAGGCAUGUUCUAGAGAAAGAGGGGAGUGGCGGGAUUUUAAUUUGGACUUGAACCUGCGAACAAGGCCAUGUUGUUAAGUAGGACUAAAGUUUCAAAAUGAUAUUUGAGAUUGA